ACAGAGGCGCAUUCCAUCUGAAGGUAAGCUCGCACUCUCAGAGCAUAUCACAUCGUGAUGGACGUAUAUCAGAUAGAUACUGUGCCUUCCACCGACCCUGAUGCGCACGAAUACACAUACGAAUUGACGGGUGUUCGUCGCUGCUUCGGCGACCAGGUGCAACCUUGGACGAGCAAAGCGCGGCGAACCUUCGAGGGUCCUGCCUCCGCCGCAGUACGCUCCGUCAAGCACACCGCCCACCGUAUGCUCUACGCCCACGCCAUCUCCAACGUGUUCGGCGUGCUCGAACAUCCUAGAGACAUGUUCCACCUCUUGCACGGCUAUUCAGCACCACCGGGCACGGAGGGGCCCGGUGCCGAGUCGCCUUUUGCCCGCCGUAUCAAGCCCGCGGUGUAUACCUACGUGAUAUCUGUGGACGACGACACCAUGCGAUUCUCCGAGACAGCAUGGCUACACUCGGACUGCGCCACUUCGGUGCGCUUUGCCGGCGAGUUCCACCCGCGGCCUGAGGGCGGGUGGGACAAGUUCAGCGACGAUACGCGCGACGAGGACGUGCGAUGGGAACUCGUCAUCGACAACAACUCCGGGACGUACGCGCCCAAAAAAGAGUUGCUGCCAGCGCUGAAGAGAGUACUUGGGAUGAACAUACCAGGGUUCACCAUCCUCGCUCUGGAUCGCGACGAUCCGGAGGUCGCACGCAGCAGCGAGGCGUGCAGGGCGUACGCGACCUUGAAGCGGGGGGUGAGUACGGAGGAUCUCCAGCCCUCUGUGCCGCCUGGGAACAAGACGCUCUUCGAGUACGCGUCGGAACGCCUCCACACGCACCAUCCAUCGCAUUUAGUGCCACGGAAGGGACAAACUGUAUAGGCACACAGCAACCUAGGUGAUCAAUAGUGGCAUCUCGUAUGAGCCGGAUGUAUACUAUAAUACCCGGUGCGAUACUUCUCUAUCGAUACCCUCUUGACCGGAUAGUCGAUACGCUCAGCAAACGAUAUGCACCACGAUGCCAACGAAUGGCGCCGUAGCGGUGUGCAAGGGCAGGCGAGGAUGUCACAACUUCCUGCUCCGAACGGUGCAGCAACCGUACAGACGUCUAUCCUGCAGCAGGUGCAGCUCACCAGGUUGAAAUCGUCUGUUCGAGCGCAGUUGAUUUCUACUCCAUGUCACCAUCAGCAAAUUGGUCGGCGGCUUCAUAUCGAGGCAUUCGUUGCGUCACA